AUGGCUUCGCAUCUCUGGCAAAGAAAAAUCCUCCCAGAAAGUGAGAGCGGACAGACGGCAGAGUUCGCUGCUUCCAAAGCUUCCAGACAGGGGCCCCUGGAAAGCCGAGCUCCUCCGGCUCUUCUGGGCAAGCACCUCAAAGCAGAUGAUUUGGAAAUCUGCGACAAGUGUGACGAUGAAGACGAUCCACUCGAUUCGUUUGGCUUGCCUUACAUCCGUCCAUCGCAUCGCAUUAGCGAAGCACAGUUCCUGGCAAGAGGUCAGUUCCCAUCUGCGGCACAGCAGAUUCUGCAUGAUCUGCGGCAUGGAGCCGACUGCAGGAGACGGGCAAGUGCUCCUGCAAUCACUGCAUUCGCUUCCGAAUUCACCGGGCCGGCUGGGCCGGCCCAAUCCCGCAAAAGAGCCACUGUCUGCGCGCACCACCUGGUGGAGAUCGAGCAUCCCUUUGCGGCAAAUCGCCGAGAGGAGACGCUGGGCCUUGGCCCUUUUCCUAUCUUCCCACUGCCGGAGACACCUCAAAACGCAGGUGAGGAAUGCAAGUCCAAGGAGGUCCAAAGCGAAAGAAGCUUGGCCAGCAAGGCCUUGGCAAAGCAAUCCUCAAGGAUAUCGGUGGCCACAUCGAGCAUGCGAUGGAGGCAACCGGAAAGCACCCUGAUAAUCGUGGAUUGGGACGACACCAUUUUUCCUACAAGCUGGUUACAACACAAGGGUUGGUUCGCACAGUGGCUUACUUCUGGAAAGCUCGGCACCUUCAUGGAACGAGACGAGCUGGCUAUCCCAACGAAUGAUUGCGCUUUGAUGGAUGAGCUAGACACAGUCAUGGAAGCCUUCCUCCAGUCCGCCUGUGCACUCGGACAAGUUAGCUGUGUAACUUUGGCCCGAAGGCCGUGGCAAGAGAGAACUAUGAAGGCUUUCCUGCCAAAGUUGUCAGAUGCGUGGGACAAGCACUGCGUUGUCGUGCGAUACGCACGUGAAGAGAAGUCGGUCCAUGCAGACGGGUUCACUCCAUUGGACAAGCAAGACUAUGAGAUGGUGCGACAAGUGACCUUUGCCAAGAAAAAGCAGAAGGCCAUGGAACGGUUGCUGAAAAAGUUCUACAAGAAAGGAAGCUGGAAGAACGUGAUAAGCCUCGGCGACGGGCCAGCAGAGCGCCAGGCUCUCCAGGAGAUCGGAUUCCGCCACAUGAACCCAGCAAGUCCCAGAACGGGAGAGCAGAAGUCCUUCAGAACGAAGUCUGUCAAGAUGCUGGAGGAGCCCGCUUGCUCUGAGCUCAUCGCGGAGCUUCAGAUGGUGCAAGCCUGGCUGCCUGCGUUGGCAUCUUUGGAUGAGGACGUUGACAUAGAUCUUGCUGAAGGUGAGGAAGCACUUCUGGACAUCCAUCAGCAACUAAUGGAUGUUGUUGAAAGCGGCUCCAGAUCAACAAGUCCAGACAGUUCUGCCAGUUGA